GCCGGGCGUGAUCGCGUGAUCAGUGUUGUGGCUGAUCGUUGCCAUGGAUACAGCGCAACAAUCGGCGAGCAUCACAGGACACCGAUGAAAGUGAAACCCGUCCAUUACUCAGACAGAAGAUGGGAGAAACUGAUCUCAGAAAUUAUGAGUUAUCACAACUGCAAGCAGAAGUCGAGCAAGAGAGAGAGGUCAAGGACAUGUUACAGGAUUCGGUGUCUGACCUGAGGAGCACACUGGUUGAUUUGGAGAAGAGACUUCACAGUGUAGAUGGAGAAGAGAACGAGUGGAGGACCAGAUAUGAGACACAGCUGGAGCUGAACGAGCAGCUGCAGAAACAAAUCAGUGUUGUUCGAGAGAGACUCGAGACCCUCCGCGGUGAUCCCGCAGAUCGACUGGCUUCUAUUCGCUCUUAUGAUGAAAUGUCCGAGGAUGCUCUCAGACAGAGACUGAAAUUGCUUUGUACCGAGAAGAGCGACCUUCAAUCCCAGCUGAUGGAUUUCCAAAUGAGAAUUGUGCAGGAAAGAAAGGCUUACCAGAAAGUCUACGAAGAGAGGCGGGCGUAUCUUACAGAGAUUGCAAAGCUGUCCUCAACAGUGGAUAUGAGCAGAAAGCAGCAGAUGGUUCUAGCCCGGAGGACAGCACUGGGUCCAGACAAAACAGGCCAGGAGAGUAUGAAGCAACAAUCAAAUAUGAUGAAGGGGUCUGUCAAAAAAACAUCAUCAAGAAACCGACUCCCUCGAUUAAAACAUUAAUGCAUUGCAUGGGUACAUCAA